UCCAGUACGGAAGAAGUUUUGUUCUGUGGAUACUUAUGAAACCGUUAAUUUAGUCAAGCCACAAGCGGCCUUUUCUUAUAGAAUAUAUACAGCCGUAUUAUAUAUACAAAAUACAGUUUUUAUUGCAUUUAAUGAAUAAGAUCGUACAUACUUCUUGGUGUUAACAUAAAGGAAUAAUUUAAUUACUAGACAUUGUAAAUAUGCAUCAUUUAAGAGGUUUCUUUUUCCAACGUAGAACUAUAGAACUACGAUAGGGAAAACAAGUCAAAUAGUUCAAGAUCUGUUCUUAAUAUUUUGCAUCUAUUUUGAUUUGAACUGCUAAGUGUUCGAUAAAGUGUAUUGGUCAAGGCACUGGAAAUAGAAAUGCAACCUGAUGUGAGUUCGCCCUACAUGUUAUGGCAGUACAUGAACGCUAUGAAACCGCAAAAGUCUUCGGAUUAUGUUUUGCACCCUGCGUUUACUCACCCGGCCACUGCUUACACCACGCUACAGCCCGGCUGUGAGCAGAGCGUAGGAAGCUAUGGCUACCAGCGCCAUCAGCAGCAGGUGCACCAUCCAUACAUGUACAGCAGACACACAGACGUAGCCUCGAAACAAAAUUUCCAAAAUGAAGGGACAUUUACUAGAAAUAACGUGAAAAAGCAUAAUUACAAAAAUAGGACUGAACGCUUAAUGAAAGCAAGUUAUAACGAAACGAAACACUCGGAAGAGCCCGUAGACUUAAUCUCUUUGACUAAAUGUCCAAGAAGCAGCUCGCCGAUGAAAGGCUCCUCCUUCACGAUAGAUGCCAUUUUGAGAAGAGAUGAAAGGGUUAAAUCUCAUGGCGAUGACGCCAUUGCGUCGGACGAUUCUCUUUUGACAACGCACGUGAAGCCUGAGCAUACAUUUCCCUCAGAAAGAGUCCACUCGACGUCUCCACCUUGCAUGACAGCCUGCUCUCCCACAUCUGGGCGGCUUUACGGUCCACCGGUGAUGCACAGCACUCCUUGCAGUCAGGAAAGGAAACACGGCCGGUUCUACGACUUUCCUCAACCCUAUUUGUUUCACCAGUAUGAUUCUCUGCAAAGUCAGCACCAGCAGCCACACCACCAUCCUCAUCACCACACACAAACCUUAGGAUCGUCUCAGUUAACGUCUUCUUCGUUAACAUCAUUGUCCAGUCUGUCCUCUGUGUCGUCACCUGCUUCCAUUUCUCCAGAAUCAAGUGCAACGUUACACAAGGGAAAGCUAGAAAGAAAACAUGGCGGUAAACCUAAACGUAUUAGGACGAUAUUUACUCCUGAGCAGUUGGACAAACUGGAGGCAGAGUUUGAGCGCCAGCAAUACAUGGUCGGCACAGAAAGAUAUUACCUGGCCGCAUCUUUAAACCUGACCGAAGCACAAGUUAAAGUCUGGUUCCAGAACAGACGCAUCAAAUGGCGGAAGCAACACUUGGAGCAGCAGCAGGCGAGACUGGCGCAGGGUGACCUCUUCCGGGAUGUGGAUAAUGACUACGACGAGGAGUCUGAGUCCUCCGAUGCCGAGGACAUGUUAGAGGGCAGAUCUACAGACCUGCCUCAGCAAUCACAUCAUAACGAGAAAGCUGAAAUUUCCAAUGAAACAGGCUAUGCCAGCUCUUAGGAGGCAUGAAGACAUUGUAUUUAACAUCCGGGUCAUCGAAAUUUGUAAGGGAUACUUGAAGUUUGGCCACUGCAUUUCUUCUGUUAUAAUUUAGAUAAUCAUAAUGCUCAUUAUACUUAAUUAGACUUAGAUCCUGCCGCGCAGUUCGGCUCCUCGGGCGGCAAGCUAUCUUCACAUAAUCCUCAUAAUUCAAGUGAUUACUUGCUACA